AUGGAGUUGGGGGAUUAUGAACAGCCCGUUGUUAUGAGAGAGGAAAACAAACGAAGGAGAAGAAGAAUGAAACCUCAUUGUAUGUCGAGUAGUUUGUCGUCAAUGGAACUGAUAUCCAUUGAGUUCAUUUUACCUACAAGCAACAAACAUACUAAAGUACCGGAAAAGAUGUUACUCGAAAUAGCUGGCAACUGUACGGUUGAGCAAAUGAAAGCACAGAUUUGGAUGCGGGCAAUAGAGAUGAGUCAAACCGCAGAGUUCUACCACGCAUUCACCCCAGAUCAAUUUAUUCUGCAGUAUCAGAAGAAAGGGCAGUGGUAUGAAAUUUAUGAUAAACAUCAAGUAUUACAGACAUUGGACUGCAUACUGUACUGGAAAGUGUUACAGAAAAAGGUAGGCAAGAUCUAUGUUGUCCAGAAACAAAAACCAUCAGAAGAAGUUCAGGAAUUUCAGCGGCAACUUAACAAUUUAAUUGGUUAUGAUGUCACUGAUGUAAGCAACGUGCAUGAUGAUGAACUAGAAUUUACCCGUCGCAGAUUAGUCACUCCACGAAUGAUAGAGGUGGCCUGUAGAGAUCCUAAAUUGUAUGCAAUGCACCCAUGGACUACGUCUAAGCCACUCCCAGAAUAUUUAUUUAAAAAGAUCACUAAUAAUAACAUUUUCAUAAUCAUACAUAGAGGAACAACUAGCCAAAAAAUUAAAGUUUCAAUAGAUGACACUCCAGAUACGAUUCUCCACAGCUUUUUCACAAAAAUGGCAAAGAAAAAGUCUUUGAUGGACAUUCCUGAAGAUCAUAGUGAACUGGAUUUUGUUCUCAGGAUUUGUGGUAGAGAUGAGUACAUUACUGGAGAGACACCAAUCAAAGAUUUUCACUGGAUAAGACAGUGCCUUAAGAACGGGGAAGAAAUCCACCUUGUCUUAGACAAUCCUCCUGACCCGAAUGAGGAUGAGGUUCAGAAGGAAGAGUGGCCCUUGGUGGAUGACUGUACAGGAGUUACAGGGUAUCAUGAACAAUUGACAAUAGAUGGAAAAGAUCAUGAGAGAGUCUUCACUAUCUCUUUGUGGGAUUGUAAUAGGAAAUUUAGGGUGAAAAUAAUUGGCAUUGAUAUCCCAGUUUUACCAAGAAAUACUGAUCUUACUGUGUUUGUGGAGGCUAACAUUCAACACGGGCAGCAGCUCCUUUCACAGAGGAGGACUUCAUCGAAGCCUUUUACUGAGGAGGUUCUGUGGAAUAUUUGGUUGGAGUUUGAUAUCAAAAUUAAGGAUUUGCCUAAAGGAGCACUCCUGAAUCUUCAGAUAUACUGCGGCAAAGCGCAGGGUCUGUCAGCAAAGACAAACCUUCAGUCACAUGAAUCUCCCAACUCUGAUUCAAAAUGCAAAACUCAGCUUCUCUAUUAUGUAAAUCUUUUGUUGAUAGAUCACCGUUUCUUGCUACGAAGUGGGGAGUAUGUGCUCCACAUGUGGAAAAUUCCAGGCAAGGGAGAAGAACAAGGAAGUAUCAAUGCAGACAAACUCACAUCAGCAACUAACCCGGAUAAAGAAAACUCAAUGGCUAUCUCUAUUGUGCUGGACAAAUAUUGUCACCCAAUUGCCUUGCCCAAGCACAGGAUAACAUCAGAUCCCCCAGGGGAUAGGACACGAGCUGAAAUGCCCAACCAGCUUCGCAAGCAACUUGAAGAGAUCAUAGCAACUGACCCACUUAAUCCACUUUCUCCUGAAGACAAAGAACUAUUGUGGCACUUUAGAUAUGAAAGCAUAAAGCACCCCAAGGCAUAUCCUAAGCUGCUUAGCUCUGUGAAAUGGGGGCAACAAGAAAUAGUGGCCAAAACAUACCAGUUGCUAGCUAAAAAGGAGGUUUGGGAUCAAAGCACUUUAGAUGUUGGACUCACAAUGCAACUUCUGGACUGUAACUUUUCAGAUGAAAAUGUCCGAGCAAUGGCAGUUCAAAAACUGGAAAGUUUAGAAGACGAUGAUGUUCUUCAUUAUCUUUUACAGCUUGUGCAGGCUGUGAAAUUUGAGCCAUAUCAUGACAGCGCAUUAGCCAGAUUUCUGCUAAAACGUGGUUUGAGAAACAAAAGAAUCGGUCACUUCUUGUUUUGGUUCUUAAGAAGCGAGAUUGCCCAGUCCAUGCAUUACCAACAGAGGUUUGCAGUCAUCCUAGAAGCCUAUCUUAGGGGCUGUGGAAAAGCGAUGCUACAUGAUUUCAUGAAGCAAGUUCAAGUAAUUGAAUUGCUGCAUAAAGUCACAAUGGAGAUAAAAUCGGUUUCUGCAGAAAAGUAUGAUGUCACUUCUCAAGUUGUUGCACAGCUGAGACAAAAGCUUGAAAAACUGCAGAGCAGCAAACUUCCAGAAAGUUUUAGAGUUCCGUAUGAUCCUGGGCUAAGAGCAGGAGCCCUAGUGAUAGAAAAAUGUAAAGUAAUGGCAUCUAAGAAGAAGCCCCUCUGGCUUGAGUUUAAGUGUGCAGAUCCAACAGCACUAUCGAAUGAAACCAUAGGCAUAAUCUUCAAACAUGGAGAUGACCUCCGUCAGGACAUGCUUAUUUUACAGAUUCUUCGAAUUAUGGAAUCCAUUUGGGAAGCAGAAUCCUUGGACCUCUGUUUGUUACCUUAUGGUUGCAUUUCUACAGGGAACAAAAUAG